AUGUCGGGAAAGCCGCAGCGCCGGGCCCGCUUCGGCCGAACUCGGAGCCGCUCUGUGCGUUCGGCGCGGCUCAGCUCGCCUGUGGACUUUUUCCUAGCACGGCUUUUGUCGGGACAAGAGCCUCGGUGCCGCCGCGGCGCGCCACACGCUUUGCCGCCCCGCUCGCUCGCUCCUUUCCCUCCUGGUGGCGGCUCGGUCUCGCUGCCGCAGGCUGAGCCGAAACCCCGCCCGCAGCCCGGCUCUGAGGGGCCGGUGGAACCGGCGGCAGUGCCCGCGGAGCCGCGCCGGUGGCAGUGCCGGGAGCGGAGCGGCGGCGGUGAGCGGCCCGUUCGUGUCACUCCGCAGUGGCGGCGGCACCCGGAGCGCGGCGGGGCGGCGGCGGAGCUCGGAGGCGGCUCCAGCCCAGGGUGCCAUCAGCGCAGAUCUGAAGCUGUUCCCGAGGCCGAUCUCCCAAAGGCUUUGUCGGCACUCCUGAUGUCUCCGGAGCAAGGUGCUGAUGGUUCCAGACAGAGAGAUUCCGGCUAUGAGCAGGACGAGAGUGAAUUCUGCGCCAUUCCUGGAGCUGCAAAUGAGUCCCAGCAUCUCCAGGAGGGACCAGCAGCCGAGGUUGAACUCUUGCCUGGGGUGCAAGAAGUCACUUGGCAUCAGCAGGGGGAUGCCCCUUGUGAGCGUGCAGUGAGUGCAGAUGUGGAGAACGGAUUCUGCACCAGGGAUGGCAGUGUGAGGGAGCCCCUGGGUCCUCAGGGCACAUCAGCAACCAACAAUGAACACAAAAGGAACCUCAGAAGAUUGCUGGGUGAAUGGUUCAGGUCCCAUCCCGUGCUCAUGGAUGUUCUGAUUCUGCUGGUCCUCCUGGUGCUGGCUUUGGGGGUGGCCUUGGCUGUGCAGUCAGCAACACAGGUUCCAAUUACACCUGCGACUCUGCCAUCAUUUCUGGGCUGUCCCCCUGGCUGGGUUGGGUACAAUGGGGUCUGCUACUACUUCUCAAGGGAUUACAGCACCUGGGAGCAGGGUCAGGAACGGUGCUCCCAGCUCAAUGCCUCCCUGGCCAUUGCCAAGGAUGAGGAGGCCAUGGAUUUGCUCUUCCGCCUCCGCGGGAACGGCGAUUUCUGGCUCGGGCUGCGCAGACGGGGCGAGCGCCUGCAGUGGGAGGACGGCAGCAGCUACAGCUCCCGGGUUCCUGUCCUCGGCAAUUCCCAGUGUGUGUACCUGGCUGACGAAAAUAGAUUGAAGAGUGAGUUCUGCUCCAAUGAGCGGCCAUAUGUCUGCAGCAAGGCCCAAGCUCCCCUGUAACAGGGGCUGCAGAAAGGACCUUCUCCAUGCUGGGCAGUGCCAGCUUCACCCCCAGUGCCAAGACUGGGCUGGGGCUGCAAAGGAAAAGUCUCUGCAAUCCAUCCUGCUACCGAUGCUGCCUGGAGUGAGUGCACUGCCCUCAUGACACAACAAGCUCCAACGGGAAAUCCAAACCUGCCUGGCCUCUUGAAAAUCAUCACAAACUGGUCUGAAUGUGACACUUUUGGACUGUCUUUGGAAGAGGAGGAAGAACCGCUGACACGUGCUGAGCAGCAGUCUAUUGGCAUCAGGCACCUGACUGUGGAGAAUAGUCUGUUGUCUGUCUGUCUGCUGUGAAGGAUCUUAACUGUCCUCCUGUGGGAGGAAUCCCAGGCUGGAGCAGGACAAGGAUUUGUCUCUCGGAGGGAGAAGCAGUGACAGGAUGUGACUGUAACCCCCACCCCUCUGUGCCACUGUGUGGGGAGGAGGGAGGGAGGGAACUGGGGAGAAAGUGAAGCCCAGAAAGGAGAAAACAGUGUGGAGAAGAUGCAUUUUUAAGAUUUGGCGUACAUCUCAUUCCCUUGCUCUGAUUUGUUUGAGAAUAAAUUCAAUUAAAUUUAAUUUCCCAGUC